ACGUCACAGGACCAACGCGCCGCCGUGUUGUUUUUGUGCUCCCGGGUCUUGGGAAAAGCCUCCGGGAGUUCUUCACCUGGCCCUCCGGUGCCUCUGGACCGGGGGCCGCGAGACCCCUUCUGAAAGCUCUGCGGAGCCGCACUGCGACGGGGGCUGGCCUUUCUGAAGCGGGUCUGAGACACAUUGCGAUUUGUUCCGAGGGAAUCAAGACGGGAGAGACGCCUUCGUCCGCGAGGGAGGCAGGCCCCGUCCGGGGAUCUUAGAAACCCUGCGGUCCAUCAUGAAGUUCCAGUAUAAGGAGGACCAUCCCUUUGAGUAUCGGAAAAAGGAAGGAGAAAAGAUCCGGAAGAAAUAUCCGGACCGGGUCCCUGUGAUCGUGGAGAAGGCUCCCAAGGCCAGGGUGCCUGAUCUGGACAAGAGGAAGUACCUAGUGCCCUCUGACCUCACUGUUGGCCAGUUCUACUUCUUAAUCCGGAAGAGGAUCCACCUGAGACCCGAAGACGCCUUAUUCUUCUUUGUCAACAACACCAUCCCUCCCACUAGCGCGACCAUGGGCCAGCUGUAUGAGGACAACCACGAGGAAGACUAUUUUCUGUACGUGGCCUACAGUGACGAGAGUGUCUACGGGAAGUGAGUGGCGGACGCCGGCCGAUGGGAACACCCGGACUCGGGGCAGGGGGAGGGGCGUGUGUGGGGCUUGGGGAGAGAGAGGGGGGAGGGCUCCCCCCGUGGAGGAGACAGAAGGUGAAGACAUCUGGAAACACUACACUGCACACACCAUCACCAUAUUUUCACAUGCUCAGUUGAUAUUUUUUGCUGCUUUCUCGGCCCGGGGAGAAAGCAUGUCAGGACAGAGCUGUUGGAUUGGCUCCGUAGAAAAAUGAAGAUGCUCUAGUCUCACCACACUGCUGCGAAUUAACUUUUGUGGGAUUUCCAUAGAAGAAUCGGGGGGUGGGCAAGUUGGGGCCAGAGAUCGUGGACCACCAGUAACUUCCUGCUCUCCUUCUCUUCGGGCAGAGAUUCUGUUGUUGACAUUUGCACAAGACAUGUAGGGAAAGGGGAUGGGAAUGUUUUAGGACCACUGGUAGUGGACCAUUCCUGGGGACCAAAAGAGACCCAUUGUAAUUGAAGCAUUGUGACCCCUGACCUCUCCUAUCUCCACGUCUCCUCCCGCAUCCCAAUUGUCAUCUCACAAGCAUCACAGUACCCACCCCAGUGGUGGCAGUAGACCUCAGACCCAGACACUUAGAUGGAGCUCUCCUUCUGCUGGAAAAUAGGGGCCAGGCGUGAGGGAUGUCAGGAUUGCGAAGAUAGUCUUGAUAGCAUUAAACUGGAACUGACAAAGUAUUGAGCAUCUCUGUCUAACCUGCUUUGCUCUUUGGUGCCCCUUUUCCCCACACCUACCUUGGACUUGAAUGAGCCUCAGCCAUUGCCAGUGAUAGGCUAAAACCACUCAUCUGGCAUUUCCCAAACUUCACUCCAUGAAUGGGGACAAAGAUGAGUUACAUAUGGAAGGGGCAGGUAUGAGGUAAGAUGGAUUGUCCACACCUCCAGCUCAUCCAGAAUUCUUGCUCCCGGGCUGCUGUCCUUCACUCUCACAUGCACGGAAAUGCCCAGUGAGGGCCAGCUGCUUCCCUCCUUGGGUUUUCACUUACCACAGCUGCUAGAUAGAAACAUUUGAGAGGGUGACUUUUAGUAGGUCCUGGGGAUUCUAUCUGAUUCUGAUUGUUUUCACUUUAGGGGUUGUGAUGUGGGUGGGAGUGGGAAGCAGGAAUCGCACUCAGAUGGGACAUUUCAAUUCAUCUCAGACAUGACACUUCAGUUCAUCUCCGCUAAUGAAAAGGGCCCUUCCCGUGGUGGAAAUCCGUGUGUCAGUUCUGUCAGCUGCAGGCUCUUGUGUCACGAAGUUUCUGCUGUCAGGCCGAGGAAAUAAAAGAAUUGCAUACCUUAAAAACCUA